AUGUCUUUCCUAUUCUUAGUAGCAUUCACUCUGAUCUCAGCCUUUCUCCUUUCAAAAUAUCUCUCUAGACCUCGAACUAGAAGUACUCUUCCUGGAGGAUCCCUAGGGUAUCCUCUGAUUGGAGAGACAUUGAGCUUUCUUCGAGCUCAAAGAGAAGAUCGAGGCCCUGAAUGGUUAGAAGAAAGGAUAUCCAAACAUGGGUCGGUGUUCAAAACCUCCAUCCUAGGUUCCCGGACUGUGGUUAUUAUUGGCCAAGCCGGUAACAAGUUUGUACUUGGUGCUGAUGAUGGUGUUCUUGCUGCCAAGCAACCUCUCACUCUACAAACCAUCGGUGGGAAGCAAAAUAUACUUGAACUCACUGGUUACAGGUACAGACUAGUAAAGGGAGCUAUGAUGACAUUUCUAAAGCCAGAAAGCCUUCAAAAGUACAUCAAAGAGAUGGAUGAGUUGGUUAAGACCUUAUUCCUAACAGAAACCAAAGGAAGAGACACGAUUCAGGCUGUGGUCUUCAUGAAGGAACUUACAUUCAGCAUAGCAAGCAACAUCCUUUUUGGUAUCAAGGAUGAUUACACAAGGGAAGCACUGUUUGAUGAUUUCUCUUUGGCAUUCAAAGCAAUUAUGUCACUUCCCGUGAAUUUCCCUGGAACUGUUCAUUGGAGAGGUCGGAGAGCUCGAUCAAGAAUUGUGAAUAAGAUUUUGCCAAUCAUGGAAAAGAGAAAGGAGGAGCUCUUAAAGGGGAUUCGGAGCCCUUCGAGCGACGUAUUGUCUUGCAUGUUAGAACUGAGAGAUGAAAAUAAACAACCUAUUGCAGAUGAUAUGAUUAUUGACAAUUUUGUUACCCUAAUGAUUGCCAGCCAUGAUACCUCUGCAAUUCUUCUAAGCUUGAUGAUAUGGAAGCUGGCUAGAGAUCCUGAGGUCUACAAGAAAGUUUUAGAAGAGCAAUUGGACAUUGUAAAGAAGAGGGAAGGAAAAGAACAAAAACACCUAACAUGGGCAGAGACAAGAGAGAUGAAAUACACCUGGCGAGUUGCACAAGAAUUGAUGAGGAUGAUCCCUCCUGUGUUUGGUAGCUUUAGGAAAGCACUGAAAGAUACUAGCUAUGGUGGUUAUGAUAUUCCCAAAGGAUGGCAGGUGUUGUGGGUGGCUUGUGGAACUCAUAUGAACAAAGACAUAUUUGACAAUCCAACAGAGUUCGAUCCAUCUAGGUUUGAGAACCCAUCUAAGCCAAUACCUCCUUAUGCUUAUGUUGCCUUUGGAGGUGGACUCCACACAUGCAUAGGAAACGAGUUUGCGAGGGUCGAGACGCUGACUAUCGUUCAUAAUCUGGUGACAACGUACGAAUGGUCACAAGUAAACCCAGAGGAAGUGAUCACCCGUGAACCAAUGCCAUAUCCCUCCAUGGGUCUUCCGAUUAAGAUCAAACCAAGAGUACUAACUACAUGA